AUGGAAAGCAUAAACAAUACAACCACUGCCAUCGUGGCUACCUCCAAGGGACUCCCACUCUCUGUUCAGAUUGGGUUAGGAAUCCUGCUUGUAGCCUUCAUCCUCGGUUUUCCAGGGAAUUUGUUUGUGGUGUGGACGGUACUAUGUCGUGUCCAGCGCCGCUCUGUUACAUGUCUCCUGGUCCUGAAUCUGGCAGUGGCUGAUGCUUUUGUACUCCUGAGUGCCCCCCUUUUCAUGCGCUAUCUGGUUGGUGGAAAGAGCUGGGAGUUCGGGGCUGGGAUGUGUAAGGCCGUGCACUAUCUCUGCUAUGUCAACAUGUACGUCUCUAUUUAUCUGAUCUGUGUUAUGAGCAUGGACCGCUGGCUGGCUGUCAGCAAUCCCUUCCUGUCACAGAGGCUGAGAAACACCAAAAACCUCUACAAAGUCAUGCUGGGGGUCUGGAUCAUGUCCUUUCUCAUGGCACUGCCCAUUCCCUUCUACCGCAGCGCACAACCGAUCAAUCCAAAUAUAUCGGUGUAUCUCUGUUCUCAGUACCACUGGGACUGGGAUGGACAUGUCGUCUUCCAGUACCUCACAGAGACGAUACUGGGCUUUCUGAUCCCCUUCAGCUUUAUCAUUUUUUGCUACACCUCUGUUAUUUGCCGGUUACGCAGUGCCAUGUUUCAAGGACGUAUGAAGGGCAGCCUUCUCAUUCUCAUCAUCAUCAUAGCAUUCACUGUCUUCUGGCUGCCCUACCACUUAAUUAACGUCAUACAGGUGAUUGGGCUGCUGCAGAGUGAGUCUCUUUUAGCCACGGCUAAAUCUGCUCGUCCCAACGUGACAGCGUUUGCAUUUCUAAGCAGUAGCGUAAACCCUGUGCUCUACCUGUUUGCCGGCAGCUCACAUAUCCGCCGUGCUGGCUUUGGCUUCAUGGCAAAAUUCUUUGAUGGGACCAACUCGGAACACACGUCCCACCGACGUUCCACAAGCCACACAGACAGUUCUGCCAUUUCACGAUUGUCGCUAAAAGCAUUCCGAAGUGGUGGGUCAAGAAAGAAGAGCUAUGGAGUUCCUCCACGCCAAGCUGUUUGUGUCACUUGA